ACCGUAAUUCGACACAAGCUCCGAAACCCAAACACACCUCUGCGGAGAGCAUUUGCGACAUUGAAGUGCCGACGCCUCGGUAUCAUAGGUCCCCAUUACAACUCAAAAGCUUUGUCACUUAGAUUAUUAAUUGUUUCCUUGAUAUGUUGUGAAGAGCAUGCAGAAAGCAUCGGUUAUCAACUGAUCAUCGAUUUCAACUGACUCCAGACAAGUGACCUGAAAAGGCAGGGCCGCAGAGUGAAGCAUGGCAUCCCGCGGGAAAUCCGAAACGGGGAAACUUAAACAAAACAUGGAGGAGCAAUUAGACAGACUCAUGCAACAGCUGCAAGACCUGGAAGAGUGCAGGGAAGACCUCGAUGAGGAUGAGUACGAAGAGACUAAGAAGGAAACUUUGGAGCAGUUAAACGAGUUCAACGAGUCACUGAAGAAGAUUAUGACGGGAAACAUGACUCUGGUGGAUGAACUAAGCGGGAUGCAACUGGCCAUCCAAGCUGCCAUCAGCCAAGCCUUCAAAACUCCUGAGGUGAUCCGACUCUUCGCUAAGAAGCAGCCUGGGCAGUUACGAACAAGGCUGGCAGAGAUGGACCGCGAUGUGAUGGUGGGAAAGCUUCCGCGAGAUGUGUACACUCAGCAGAAGGUGGAGAUCCUCACUGCCUUGAGGAAACUGGGAGAGAAGCUGACCGCAGAAGAAGAGGGUUUCCUGUCUGAAAACGCCAGCGCUACUCUAAGCCAGUUUGAGAAAGUCACGACAUGUCUAGGAUCAGAAGACAAAAUUCUGGCUUUGGCCAGCUCUGGUGUCAAGUGAAAAUAAGCAGCAGUAUUUGAUUGCAUGUCCACUUUACGUCCACUUGACUUGUGUAAAUCAAGUCACGAUUUCGGCUCCCUAUAACAAGCAAGCAGAGUGCCAUUUUAUCAUUAACUUUGGAACCAGUUUUUGUAAGGAUUAACUUAUAACGUGCAACAUUAACAUUUUUAUUUAUUUAACUUUGUAUAUUUUUAUGCCUUAUCCAGGAGAUUGUAAACAUCAUUAGGUACUAUAAUUCAGUAUGACGAUGUGUUGAGUGUGUUGCUUCUGUUCCUGAGACACUGUGUCGUUCCUGAACCGAUUUUUAAGGUUUGAAUUUAUGCUGGUGUUUUAUUCUGUUGUGUGUUUAUGGUUGCAGCUGCUGACUAGUCAAACAGUUUUAAAUGAACCACUGCACUGUCAAAUAUGCAAUUGUGGAUUUAAAAUAUUGAAUUUGAAUCUUAACAUGUCUCUUGUGCUUCUGAUACCAUCUUAAAUCACCUAAAAACAUAUUUACCGUUUGAAUUGUUUACAGUGUAAAUGUUAGCCUUUUAGAUGCCUUGUGUGUUUUGCUUAACGUCUGUAAAUGAAUAUUUGUAAUGUUUUCACUACAAAUGAAAUAUGUAUUUGAUCGUGAGUGGUAUUUAUGUCUGAGCUUCCUAUGGUUUUUUGUAUUCCUGAUAUAAAUUGACAAAGCUCA